GGGGCCGACCACAGACCCGGGUAGGGUCCAGAGGAGUCAUGUGCUCAGCCUUGUCCUCCCACAACACAGACAGAGAGACAGGAGAAGAGUCAAGAUCCAUUAUCAGCAUAAACAAUCACCUCAGUGGGUGAACCACGAGUUUCCACCUCUGCUUUUCUCACGUUCUCAUUGUAGCUGAAGAAGAAAGUCAGUCCAAGCGUGUGCACCCAGCAGCCGAGUGGCUGGUCCUCCCCGGACCAUGAAGCUUAGCGUUGCGUUGUUCUUCGCAGGGCUCUUCGGGGCGUUGGCAGCCGUGUUCAUCCUGCUCUCGUUUGGAACUGAUUACUGGCUGCUUGCCUCAGAGACUUGCUCGGAGGGAUCUGUUGGCGAUGGGACCGUGCAGGAAGGCAGUAGUAACAUCACUCUGUACCAUGAAGGCUUUUUCUGGAAGUGUUCGUUUCGAGGUAACGCAGGUGACGACAACCUGAUGUGGAAUCUCUGGUUCACCAAUCAGCCUCACUCAAAAGUUUGCAUGCACGCCUACCUCUUCCCAUUCCCUGUGUCUCAGCAGACACACAAUGCCACGGAUCACAAUUCGGCAAUCAUCUACAGAGGCUUCUGGAGCAUUUUUAUGCUGAUUGGUGUUGCAGCUGUAGUGCUGGGUGGGUUCUUCAUCAUCUGUGCUGCUCCGUUCGCCAGCGGCCGCUUGUAUAAAGCAGGGGGCGGCCUCUUCCUGACGUCAGGUCUUUUCCUGCUCUGCGUGGUGGUGAUGUACGUGCUGUGGGUGCAGGUGUUGGAUGUGGUCGAUGUCUACAUAGAACACCAGCGCUCUACUCGGGGUCGAGACUUCCAUCUGUCCCUCAACUAUGGUUUGUCCUUCAUGUUCGCCCCCAUCGGCAUCUUCUUCUGCCUCCUGGCCGGCCUUCUUUUCCUCCUCAUUGGCCGGACCGUCCAGAUUUCUUCCUGAGCAGCAGCAGGUUACAGUAGGGUGGGGGCUGGAGGUGGUUGGAGUGUUUUUAGUUUGUUCCAGGGUGAAAUCAUUGUGACCACUCACUGCUGAGUAACAUCAUCACUACAGCCUGAGCUACUUUUAUUUGAGCUAUGUCAUAGUACACACAGUUGUCUGCUAUUCUCAGUAUACCUGCACCAACAGCAUCAAUAUGUGUGGUGCGUAACACGUGUCUUUAAUUUAUGUGUUGGUGGUUGUGGAGGUUAUGAGUGUAUGUUCAGAAAAAUGUAAAAAGUUCUGAAAUUGCUUAAGGUUUUUUUUUUGUUGGCCACAGUUUUUGGAGAACAUUUAAAUGCUUGAUAUUCUACAUUUUUGUUUUUUUCCACAAAUCUCGGGAAGAGACAAGAUCCAAACUAGUAGUUUAAUAUAAUAAAUAAAUAAAUAAAUAAUUCCUCAAACGUCCGGGCACUAUAGUUAUUUUUCAAACAGGACAGUGCAUUUGUUGAGGGACUACUUUUAGCUGUGGCCUUGUCCUGGUUUCAUAUUCUGGUGACUAUUUACCACAGUAGGACAGCACAUUUGUCUCAACUCAGUACUUUGUGCACAACGCGGUGUCAGCGUGAAAGAAAGGCAUGACUCAACUCAUUAUCGCCCUGUUGUAAUGUAAAAAACCCUCUGCCUUCUGUAUUUUGUUUUGCUAAUCGGAGUCAUCGAUGCCAGCGUGGUGGUCAGCGGCACCAAACACUUUUCAUCAGGUGAGUAACUCAGUAUGAAGUGCAAAGGUAUGCUCUACUAUCAUUGGAGUUUGUCCAUAUCAAUAUAUAUUUUUUCUUUUUUAUUGUUCAACCAGUAUGUGAAUUGUACAUCUUAUUCUAUUUAGAAAUCGAGUUUGAAGCAUUAUUUAUUUUCAUGUAUGUAACUGCUAUAUCCAUGUUGCCUGAUUUGUCAUCUACAUGUGCUGUUAAGUGUGUUGUGAGGGCUCUGAAAUAAUUCACCAUGUCUGUCCACCUAAAUGUUUUUUGGUUUUGUUUUCUGUUUGCUAAUUAAAAAGCUUUGGCUUAAAAAGGUC